UCAGAAGAUUGAGAGGUCAGGUUGCAGCACCUGACCUCUCAGAUACUGCAUGCUCCCUGGUUGGAAGCUGCUCAGAGAGCUUGAUGUGCCUCUCCCACAGGGAUGCAAUGGGAAUUUUAGCUGGAUCUUUUUUUCUCUACUCCUCCAAGUUCGCCCAUUUUUAGACAUUCUUUUGUACCUCUUACUCUGAUCAGUUUUCAGAGAAUUAUUCUGCUAAAAGGCAAAGACCGUAAUAGUUCAAGGAUAUAUAGGCCACAUUGACUGAUGGCACUGCCACCUGCUGAUGUGAAGAUUCCUUCUUUUAGAAUUAUUUGGAGGGAUUAGCAUUUUUCCCCCAUUAAACUAUGGCAGUAUCUACUUAGCCUUAGCCUAAAGCCAGCCCAGGACAGAAAGAAUUCCAACUUCUUCCUUUAUAUGAUUUCUUUCAACAUUGCAUUGGGCUGAAAAGAAAAUCAAGGUAGCAAAUGCAUGCAGAAAGUUAUUCUGCUGACAAAUGGAUGGCAAACACAAGUUUUUAAAACAUCACAAACUAUUUUGGAGAGAAUUUCUCUCUCCUGUUUUAUUAUAACAGUACUUCUUGAUGGAGAGAGGGAGGCACUGUAUCCAGGCUUUUUAGUGAGUAAUGAAGCUGGAAGAUCUAGUAUAUUGUCCAGGUCUUAGGUAUCUUUAGCAUUAAUUUUUACCUCCAAUUACAACUACCCAAGCAUUCUUUUACAGAAAUUAGAAAAUUUGAGAAACCAUGAGACAGCUGUCUAUACUCAUUAUUCUUUCCUAGAAGGCUCUACUUUAGUCUAAGAUUGAUGAUACAAUUAAUUCUGUGGCAAGAAUGUACGUGUGUGUGUGUGUGUGUGUGUGUGUGUGUGUGUUUAAGUAGUAAUUUGUGAUAUAAUGCAAGCAACUAUGCCUCUGAUAAACAUCAUCAAAUAUAAUUGGAUUCUUUCCCUAAUAUAGUUUAAUCCUAAAUACUUCUUAGGAAGCUAAAUUUGAGACCCAGAUGCCUUAAUUAGAUAAUAAAAAAUAGUGAAUAUAGUACUUCUUUUAUCUCCUAUACAAAACUUGUUUUUAAAAUGGUUGUUACAGCUGGAGGUUUUUGUUCCAUUAUGACUUCUCCUAAAGUAAACAGCUAUCCAGUAAACAGAUAUACAAUAAUAACUCUUCAAUAAAGCAUGCUCAGCUGGGGAAUCCUGGGAGUGGUAGUCCACAGGUCUCAAAGUUGCCCAGCAUUAAGAAAAGCACUAAGAUACAGUCAAAAUGAGGAAGUGGCAUCAAAAUGGAAUGAGGCUUCAUCAACUUGCUAAUUGUAACAUGUCUUUUCUUGUGGCCUGCUAGUGGCAAGGUUCUCCAUCUUGGGUGAGAGGCACAAAAGAAGAGAGAUCAGACUUGAGCGGGCAGAAUGGGAGCAGAAUCAACUUUCAUUCUAGUUUCUGCUCUUCAUUUUGCCAUUGCAAAACUGCAAUGGGCAGUUUUAUGACAAAGUUUGGGAACCCUCUGGGAUAUAAAGUUUACUAAAUAAAAUUUGCUUACAUCUCUUUUCCAACUCUAUCAUCAGUGAAAUCAUUAUUUGUGAGGGAAUCACACAAAUUCAUUUACUAUUUUAGGGGGCCUUAAUAUAGAAAAGUUUGUGAAAUGCUGCUUUAUAAUAUUUAUUAGACAGACUACAGUAUAUUUCAUUCUUGGGCAUACUGCAGUUAUUUUCUUCUGCAAGGAAGGUUGAACACAUCUCAGCUGAAAGCACCCACCCCAAAUCCUCCAUGCAUGGCCAGCCCACUUUCAAAGCUCGCCUCUGUCCAUCUGGCAUCCGUUCAGUUUUAUCUUGCUCAGGAAUGUAGGCAGGACUUAACAAGAAGGCUGAAGAGUUGUACUAGCAGACAAGGGGCCUGUCUUACCUUCGAAAGAACUUGCUUGGAAGAGUUCUUGGCAAGUGAAGCGGUGUGGCCUUCUCCAGUACAAUAUUCCCAGAAGUGUUCUGAAGACAUCUUGCUGUUGAACUGUCCAUUCAUCUCCCGAGUUCACCAGGAGCAUCAAUGGAGACUGUUGUGAUUGUAGCCAUUGGGGUAUUGGCAACCAUCUUCCUGGCUUCUUUUGUGGCUCUGGUUGUGGUAUGUAGGCAUCGUUACUGCCGACCCAAGGACUUAUUGAGUCAUUAUGAUACCAGACCUAUUGUUGAUUUAAUUGGCACCAUGGAGACACAAUCUGAACCCUCUGAACUGGAGAUGGACGAUGUGGUAAUAACAAACCCACAUAUUGAAGCAAUCCUGGCAAAUGAGGACUGGAUUGAUGACGCUUCGGGCCUGGUCUCUCACUGCAUUGCUAUCCUAAAGAUCUGCCACACUCUCACUGAGAAGCUUGUUGCCAUGACAAUGGGGUCAGGAGCCCAAAUGAAGUACCCAGCAAGCCUGAGUGACAUUAUUGUGGUGGCCAAACGAAUCAGCCCAAGGGUAGAUGAUGUGGUGCGAUCUAUGUAUCCACCACUGGACCCCAAACUGUUAGAUGCCAGGACAACGGCGCUGCUGCUUUCAGUGAGUCACUUGGUGCUGAUCACUCGGCAUGCCUGCCAGUUCCCCAGCCACAUGGACUGGAUCGACCAAUCCUUGUCCGCGGUAGAGGAGCACGUGAGCGUGCUGCGCGAGGCAGCUCUGGCAUCGGAAGCAGAGCGAGUUCCACCUGGAUCAGAAAGCUUUCUGCAGGAGCAGUCUACAAUUUGAGAACAAAGGGAAGAGGGAAGGAGACGCAUGUCAUCAAUGGCUCUGUGCUUCCUCUUCUUCUCUAUUUUUCAUAUAGCAUCGCUGAUGAUUUGGCCUAAUGACUGUUAUCCUGAGGAUGAUAGAACCGCCACCUCGACUGUUCUAGUCUUGCAUCUGGAUUAAUGACCCUGCGAUAUUCUCAUGCUGGAGGGGAUAGAACAGGGAAGGAGGACAUAAUAUUGUUAGUAAUUUUGUCUGCAGUCAGAAAUAUUUUGGCUAUGGUAUUUGUUAUUUAUAAUUAAAGCUAAGAAAAAAGAAGGGACUUAAGACCACAA